AUGCCGAUGCGAAAGGAGUUGAGGAGGUGGAGAGCUCAGGCGGCGUUCGGCUCCUCUCAGGGAGCGUCUCUCUCGUCGUCCCAGAGGCAGGACUCGUCCAGCGGGGGACAUUAUGUCUUCUCUAAGGCUGUGCUGGUGUCUCAGACGGGGGGCAGUAGGGUUCUGUCUUACUGCGAGCCUCUCGGCUGCCUGCUGGCGUCUCAGCCUUCUCCACAAGCAACCUUGGUGCCAGGCUUCGGUGUGAAGAAGAUCAGCACUGCGACUCUCAAGCCUAGUCAGUAUGUUCCCAUCCACUCCAAACAGAUCCGAGGUCUGGCCUUCAGCCGACACCAGGACAGCCUUCUGCUGUCUGCGGCCCUCGACAACACAAUCAAACUCACCAGUCUGAUGACGAACACGGUGGUUCAGGCCUACAACACGGGCAGACCUGUGUGGAGCUGCUGCUGGUGCCAUGAUAACAACAACUACAUUUACGCCGGUCUCGCCAGCGGCUCUGUGCUGGUGUACGACACGCGGGACACCAGCACUCACGUUCAGGAGCUGGCGCCGCUGCGCUCCAGCUGUCCAGUGGUGUCUCUGUCCUACAUCCCGCGCGCCGCCUCCAGCAUGUUCCCGUGUGGCGGCCUGAUCGCAGGCACGCUGGAGGGCGGCUGUUUCUGGGAGCACAUGGAGGGAACCACAUACACGCCCCACAUCCUGCCUCUAGAGUCCGGCAACUGCACAGACAUACAGGUGGAGCCGGACAGCAGACACUGCCUCGUCACGUACAGACCAGGUCGUGCAAACCCGUCACUGCGUUGUGUUUUAAUGGAGCUCAGCCGGACGCCUCAGACAGACAGCAGCCAGCCGCCCGUCUGCUCCUGCUCUCCGGUCCAGACCUUCACCGCGGGAUCCUCCUGCAAGCUACUCACCAAGAACGCCGUGUUCAAGCGUCCGGCCGGAGAGGCAGCCACGCUAGUAUGUGCUGGAGACGAGGCCACAAACUCCACCAUGGUCUGGGAUGCCGGCACUGGUGCUCUGCUUCAGAAGAUGCCUGCGGAUCUCCCCGUGUUGGACAUCUGUCCGUUUGAGGUCAGCCAGAGCAGCUUUCUGGCCUCUCUGACCGAGAAGAUGCUCAAGGUCUAUAAAUGGGAGUGAGGCUGAGAGUAACAUUCAAACAAAAAUCUGAAUAAGCCUUUCUCAUAAACCAAAUACUGGUGGACUGGGACGCCGGGUGACACUGUUGUCUUUUCACUGUGUGCUUUUUUCUGGGUUUUGUUUGUUUUAAAUCUAAAUCCUUUAUUAUUUUCUGUUCAUUAUAAAGAGUUGUCUGUUUUUGACCUUAAAAUCAGGGCUUUAUUAAUGUCUUAGAUAAGAGUGAUCAGUGUUUUCAUCGUAUAUAUGCAAGUGUCUUUUGUCUUUUUAAUAAAAGAAUAAAUGCCUACAUUGACACAGUUUGUGAGAACCUUAAAAACAUCUAUAUAGGAGUG